AUGGCCUCCAAGCUUGAGAGGGCCUUUGACGAGCUGCGCCAGCAGCACAAGGUGUUUGUGGGCGCGCCCGCGGGCUGCGAGUGGGACGGCGACAUCACCAAGACGGUGCAGGUGCAGGUGCUCCCCAGUGAGCGCGCCUACCUGGAGCGCCUGGUGGAGGAUGCAGAAGACAAGUACGGCGGGUUCUGA